CCCGGAAGCUGUUAUGAGGGCGUGGCAGCGAAGUGAAGAUAAACACACACUCGGUUAUGUCCAUUUCAGAAGUUGUGUAUGCAUGUAUGUAGUUGAAUACAUUCCAAACAAUGUCUCGUUUCAAAAGAGGAGGUAGAGUGGACUCCCUGUCCGGGUUUCAGACGGACAAGGCAGAACCAGCCGUUCCCAACGGACUGCUGAACGCUGCGAGAAAGAGCGGCCAGCUCAACUUAUCGGGUCGUGGGCUAACUGAAGUCCCCCAGAAUGUGUACCGCCUUAAUGUGGACACGCCAGAGGAAGCCAAUAAGAAUCUGUCAUUUGGGGCAGAUGACCGCUGGUGGGAACAGACAGACCUCAUCAAACUGCUGCUCUCUUCCAAUCAGCUCACGACACUGUCGGAUGACAUCAGACUCCUCCCAGGGCUUACCACACUGGACCUCCAUGACAACAAGCUGACCAGUUUACCCGGUGCUCUGGGAGAAUUGGGGCAGUUACAGCAGCUCCGACUCAGUAACAACCAGCUGAGCACCUUGCCUGUGGAAAUGUGCAGAUUGCAUAACCUGCACAGCUUGACCCUCCAGAACAACCUUCUAGAAACGCUGCCCGAAGAGCUGGGACAACUAGACAAUCUGACUGAGCUGGUCCUUUCCAGCAACCGCUUAAACUCCCUCCCUUCCGGCCUGGGGCAUCUAGCCUGUCUCCAGAAACUAGACCUGUCCCACAACCUGCUCACCUCCUUGCCUGACAGUCUGGCCAAACUAGCAAGUCUGAAGCUGCUUGACUGCAGCAAUAACCAGUUGACCUGCGUUCCUGCUAGCCUAUCGGAAAUGACCAGUCUGGAGCAGCUUUACCUCAGGCACAACAAGCUCCGCCUCCUGCCGCAACUCCCUGCCACCAAUCUGAAGGAGCUGUACCUGGGCAACAACCAGAUCGAGCGGCUGGAGGCGGAGCAGCUGGCCAGCCUGGCGGCCAUCUCCCUCCUGGAGCUCCGGGACAACAAGAUCCAGAGCGUCCCGGAGGAGGUCACCCUGCUGGCCACGCUCACACGCCUGGACCUCACCAACAACGACGUCGCCACUCUUCCAGCCUCUCUCAGCCUGCUUCCCAAUCUGAAGGUCUUAAUGUUGGAAGGCAACCCGCUGAGAGGAAUCCGAAGAGACCUGCUAUCUAAAGGAACCACUGAGCUGCUGAAAUAUUUACGGGGGAGAAUUAAAGAGGAGCCAGGUAAAGUAGACGAGACUCCCACUGCCAUGACUCUACCCAGCCAGGCCAGGGUAAACAUCCACAACCUCCAGACACUCAAGAUCCUGGACUACAGUGAAAAGCAAUCAGAAAACAUUCCAGAUGAAGUGUUUGACGCUGCAGCCGGACAGAUCGUGACCACCAUGAACUUCAGCAAGAACCAGCUGACCACACUGCCCCCUAGGCUAGCAGAGUUCCAGGGGUCGUUGACGGAGCUCAACCUGGGCUUCAACAAAUUGUCCUGCCUCUCUCCGGCGGUGUCCUCCCUGGUUCAGCUCACACACCUGGACCUCAGGAACAACCAGCUGAGCGACCUGCCCUCUGACCUCGGGUCCUUGAAGAAGCUGCGCUCUGUGAUUCUGAAUUAUAACAAGUUCAAAUGCUUUCCUGAUGUCCUGUACGAGAUUGUUUCCUUGGAGACUGUGUUGCUAGGCAACAACCAAGUGGGUGGUCUGGACGCAGAGCGUCUAAAGGCGCUGGGGGCUCUGUCUACUCUGGACCUGUCCAACAACGACUUGCUCAACGUAGCACCUGAACUGGGGCUCUGCACGUCGCUCAGGUGUCUCAGUUUGGACGGCAACCCCUUCAGGACACCAAGGGCAGCCAUCGUUGCCAAGGGAACGGAUGCAGUGAUGGAGUAUCUCCGCAGUCGCAUCCCCACAUAAAUCCUUUUCCUUUCAGGCUACACCCUGCCCUCUGCCCCCACCCCCAAGAUCUGGGCUUAGCAGCGACCUCACUGCCCAUUGGCCCGAGGUGAAAUCCCCUACAGAAGCAUGGGGCUGUAGGUCAUGAUAAACGUACAAUCCAUAAAUUCUUUAAGCACAUCUUUACUACAUCCAAUGAGAAGCACUUAUAUAUUCAAUAAAGCAUUUACAUUGUGGCUUCACAA